AUGUCGCGGACCACAAAGACUCCAUCAACCACCGUCAGCCGGGACUCGCCGCCAACUUAUUCGCGACGAUAUGGUCGAAAAUAUCUUGAGCUUGACAACCUUCAGGAUUCCAGUGUGUGCCACCGUAAGAUCGGCAGAGCACGCGCUGACUGCCAACUCCGAACCUCCCAGUCCAAAUGGGGAUGCUUGGGGGAGGCAUUGAGGCCGGCGGGUAUUGUCUAUAUGGAUCUCUCGUUUGAUCAGCCCGCCGACUGUAGGCUACUAAGCGCUACGGUCAAGAUCACUUUACAAGGCACCCCUCGGUACCGGCAUGACCUGUAUAAGCCCGUACGCCUCAAUCUGACCGAUCACUACGGACCAAAAUAUCUUAGCGGAGAUCCAAAGAAUGUGGUCAAGAAAACGAUCUUGCACCUUGCGCCCCAGGUCAAUGUGCUUGGAAAUGGCGGUGGUGGCAUCGGUGUCGAUAGCGAGAAGUCGAUUACUUACGAUAGUCGGUGGACGUUCGCAGGUAACUUGCGCCCUGCGCAAACGACUGACCUGGAAUAUCGCACCAUAGAGUGGGAGCUACGUGAGGGGGACCCCGAAUCUCAAUCAGUUCACAGCAACCUAUUUCAUACUGCCUUUGCGUUUCAACACGAGGGGAGACCUUUCCUCAUGCGGGUUGAGAUUAAAGGGAAGCUGCAAAAGGGAAGGAGCCGCUUCAAAGAAAAGGCCCGUCAGUUGAGGUUCCCAUCUCGUCAUGCAGGUGACGAGGGAUCCAGUGAUAUCCUGGUGUAUCCAAAUGUUGUGACGCAGUCGUCGGGCUCUCGACUCGACUGCCUCGCACAGGAUCUGCCCAUGGUUAUGGAAAGAGAGAAUUGCCUUCGCAUUCCGGUGCAAAUUCCUGCCGCAUUGCCAAUAUCGUUCGCAGAGAGCAAUGAGAACCCUCCCAACACGACACUAGCCAACGUCCAGCCUGAACAAAAUCUGCCCGAAGACUUAUAUACUGGGAAUCUACCUGGCCUUUUGCCCGGCCCAGAAGGCACUGGGCACCAUACUGAUACAGGAAGAUCAUCAGGCUCCAACUCGUCUUCUUCCUCGGAAACGUUAGUAGACAUUAUAGAGUCCUGCAGUGCAAAUGACCCACUAGACGCGUGCAUAUCUAAGCUUGGAGAUGGCGUGUACACCUUUCGAGCACCACAAGCUGUUGGCCGAGGAGAAUUACAGGCAUCUAUAAGUGUCCUGCACCCGAGUUCGAGUUCGAGCUCGAUUGUUCCAGCAAUACCGAGCGGACCACCCGAACAGUGGCAUGGCGAGAAAGAGGGCAGAAAAACCGACAGCCCUGAAAAUGCGCUGAUGCUCCUAUCGCGCUAUCCGUCUUUGAUAACCUUAAUCCAGAUCCUGGCUGCGCUCCUGGAUUUCUUUGGGAUGACAACCAAGUCCACACAAGAAUCGGCUCGGAGAAGCGAUUAAAAGUUCGGCGAGAGAGCCAUAGCAUAUAGCAGUUGAACAAGCGCAUUGCGAAGACUUCAUAAUAGUCGAUGAGAAAAAAC